GUUAUGCCCAACGUUAUUAAUGAACAGCACAUGUUUUUCUUGACCAAAUGCGACACAAUCCCAUUGCCUUCCAGUCAAAAAAACACACUAACCACUGUCUGUAUAGCUUCAAAUUUCACCCAGGACAAAGUGCAGAGUUGUAUCUCUCGCUUCACAUAUCCCACUCUGGCUGUAAACCUACACUCACUUCCCUGAAAUAAUUACUGGGCGGAGAUAUCUUUCUUGAAGCUGGAAAGUGAAACUGGGAAAACAUUUGGAAUGCGUGAUGCUGCUUGUAGCUGGAAGGUUAACACUACCACAGUUUGCAUCUAGAUUGCACCCGAAGUUGCACCAACCCUGAAGCCCAAAGCGGUUAAACCCAAGGCAAACGAAGAUGGCGCCAGAAUCAAGCUUGUCCCCACCUACCAAAUUUCUGCCGGGACCCGGUGAGCCGCAGGAGCCUUGGAAUGACUGGAUAAAGUAUUUUGAGUUGUACAUUACACAAAGAGGCUUGCCAGAGGAAGAGAAGAUAGCACUGUUAAGCGUUUACCUUGGGAAGGAGGGACUGCGCAUCUUAAAUACCUUGACAACGAUUGAAACAUAUGCAGCAAUGAUUGAUGCCCUCACUGCUUACUACAGCAUAGCUCAGGAGCCUCAAGACUGUCAGGAGCCUCAGGACCCGGAUGAUUCACAAAGAAUCAAACAGAACAGAAAAAGGAUGAUCAUUACAGGAGCAGCAGCAACAGUGGGAGCAGCUGCGGCAGUGGUGGGGGCACCAGUUGCCCUGGGAGUGGCAGGUUUGACUACUGUUGGGGUUGCUGCUGGAGCAACUGCAGGGGGCGCCGCAAUAGGAGCAGGUACAAUUGCUGCAGCAGCAACAGCAACAGUGGGAGCAGUUGCGGCAGUGGCAAUGGCACCAGUUGUCCUUGGAGCGAUAGGAUUCACUGCUGGUGGGAUUGCUGUUGGAUCAUAUGCAGCAAGCAUGAUGUCUGCAGCGGCUGCGGUAAAUGGAGGUGGGAUAGCAGCKGGGGGUCUUGUUGCUGCUCUACAGUCAGCAGGUGCUGCAGGGCUUUCAGGAGUGGCUACAGCGGCGGUGGGGGGUGUUGGAGCUGCAGUUACUGGAGCCAUGGGAUGGGUGGCCGCAGGAGCAGGGUUCUCAGGAGCGGCAGCAGCUACUACAGCAGCAGCUACGGCAGGUGCUGCAGGGCUCUCUGCAACGGCUACAGCAGCCGUGGGAGGUGUUGGAGCAGCAGUUGGGGGAACAGCAGGAUGGCUGGCAUCAAGGACUAGGACACCUGUAGAGGAAGAAGAGACAGGAGCAGCUACAGCAGCUGCUGCAGGAGGUGCUGCAGGGCUUUCAGGAGAGGCUACAGAGGCUGUGGGAGGUGUUAGAGCAGCAGUUGGUGGAGCGUCUGAAGGGGAGGGAGGAGUCGAGGAGAGAGAGCUUUCAGGAGCGACUACAGCAGCUGCAGAAGGUGCUGCAGGGCUUUCAGGAGUGGCUACAGCGGCGGUGGGAGGUGUUGCAGCUGCAGUAAGUGGAGCCGUGGGAUGGGUGGCCGCAGGAGCAGGGUUCUCAGGAGCGGCAGCAGCUACUACAGCAGCUACGGCAGCAGCUACGGCAGGUGCUGCAGGGCUCUCUGCAACGGCUACAGCAGCCGUGGGAGGUGUUGGAGCAGCAGUUGGGGGAACAGCAGGAUGGCUGGCCUCAAGGACUAGGACACCUGAAAAGGAGGAAGGAGAAGAGACAAGAGUAGCUACAGCAGCUGCUGCAGGAGGUGCUGCAGGGCUUUCAGGAGAGGCUACAGAGGCUGUGGGAGGUGUUAGAGCAGCAGUUGGUGGAGCGUCUGAAGGGGAGGGAGGAGUCGAGGAGAGAGAGCUUUCAGGAGCGACUACAGCAGCUGCAGAAGGUGCUGCAGGGCUUUCAGGAGUGGCUACAGRGGCUGGUGUUAGAACAGCAGUUGGUGGAGCGGCGGGAUGGCUGUUCUCAAGAAUCAGGACGUCUAAAAAGGAGGGAGGAAAGUAAAGAGGGAAGAGAGGAUGAGAAGAGGGCCCUUUACAUAAAACCUGAUUGAUGUUAUGAAUGUUUUUUUUGUUGCUCCUUAAUAUCUUUUUUUCAUCGUUCAUGUUUAUUUCUGAUUUUUGAGUUUAUUUUAGUAAAUAUUUUCUCUAUAAAAAAACAUGAGCAGGUGCACACCCAGAGUAAUAGUUUGUGUGGAGGUGCUGACUAACGGCGAAUAAACUAUAAACUAUCAAAAUAAAGUUGCACUCUCCAUGUAUAAACUCCCAGCAAUUUAAUGGGUAUUUACCAACGUUUCGGCAUCACUGUGCCUUCCUCGGGUCUGAGUUUAUAGUAAAUAUUUUCUCAACACUGUUUUUUCUUGGUUAAAAACUUCUUAGAUUUAUUUUUUAAGGGCUUGUAAGUAAGCAUUUCACUGUAAGGUCUACCCACACCUGUUGUAUUUGGUGCAUGUGACAAAUAACACUUGAUUUGCAUGAUUUCAUAAUGGUGUUAUGAGUGCAUAUGUAAACCCCCUGUUGCCAAAACACAUAUGGGUAUAUACCCACUCAACAUGUAUUGCAAACAGAUGCAUGCACAUCCACUCAGAGGAACACUUAUGCAUGUGACAAAAUAAUUAACACACAUACUUUCAAAAUAGAAGUCUAUUGUAUAAUGGAAAUAUGUUUUUUUAGUUGUCACCAUACCCAGCCCUUUGACACACCAAACACAUAACAGGUGUGUAAUGUGCUUUGCGGGUGUGGUUCCCUUGCACAUGCUGAAUAAAUGUAAUCCAACCACUGAAAACCCUCCUACUACCUGGCAAACAGAUUUUCCGGUGGAGUUUCAUUCAAAGUAGUUUUCAGUACAUUUAUUUCUAAAUUUCUAAUUUAUUUCUAUCCCUUUAAAUUUGGUGUGAAGUACCUUUUAAGUCAAAUUUUCUCAACAGACUCACUAGAAUAUAUGGAGAGAAUGUUCAGAAUAUUAGAGAUCAAUGAAAGAAAGUAGUUUAAAUACGCGCAUAUUCGUCUCAUUUCAGCACUAAUUAAAAAAUACUCUGAUCUUGUAUAUUAUUUAGGGUUCGGAAAGAAUUUAUUAAUAAAAAAACAGGUUUGGAAAGCCUUUACUUAGAGAAUAUAUUGGUGAAUCAAAAAUACGGUGGUUUGAUUCAUCCUGAAAGUUGACAUAUUCAAUUGGUCAAUUCAUAAAAUAUUGGAAGGUGAGAACGUGUACAAUAGGAGUUGAACAGUAGUCCUAUAAAUCUACCCUAUCAAUCGUCACUAAUCACGGAUGACAACGGUCCAGUAGUGAACCGUGCGCCAGACUCAAGGUUUAAACUGCUAGGUAUGGUCAAGAUUCAAAUACGCCACAUGCCCUUAAUUAUUGCACAACAUGUAAUACGUUAGCGUAAUAUGAUUCACUAUUGCUAGCAAUCCUAAGGAACAACCACACAAACGUGACAGAGGAAAGAAAACAAUGUAAUGGAAUUAUGAGUGGCGUCAUUAGGCCUAGGUUUCCUCUUUCCAAGAGGUUUUUGUUCCAGAAAGAAAUGAUGUUUUUCUGACUGAACCACAUAUCUUUUGACAGUAACGCAGUGUCCCGCUUUGGACUGAAGCUGAACCUUGCAACAUUAUAUUUAACCCUGUUUAAAAUUAGCAAUGUUGAGGGGGUAGAACUGACCAAAUGAAAUGAAUCGUAGACAUAAUAUAACCUAUUCCAUUCUACAGCUUAACAUGCUUGGCUCAUGUCUGUUAUUUCCAUAUAGGCUAUGUAACUAUUUGUUUAAAAAAUAAAUAAUAAAAAGUGAAUUUAUUUCA